GACUGAAGUGACCCUGUCGGUACUUUUGAGUUUUGAUACAGAGUUAUUACCUGAUAAGGUAAUGUUAGGAUAUGUAAGUUAUCCAGUAAGAGCGUUUGUUCCAAACCCCCUACAGUGGGACAAAAGAGUGUGUCGUUUUGGUGUGAAAAGCUGUUUGUCAAUUGUGGGGGUGGCCAUGUUGUUGGGGAUCAGAAAUGUCCUGUGUGAGUGAGACAGCGUGAGGUUGCCAGGGUGAGAGCAGAGCGGAAAGUGUCAUAUGCUGAGGCAUUGAGGAAAGUAGAAGAUGGAGCGCUAUGGGUGAGAGAUCCUAAGAGGUAGUAGGCCAGUAGUAGGCCAGUGCAGAGUGACUUGAAUAGUUUAGGCUUUAGUAAGGUUGGCUUCUUGGUGUUUAUUGCUAUGGUCAUUAAAUUGUACCGCACGGAUGGAAUGGAAAUCCCAGAAUAUAGAUUUUUUAGUAGCAGCAGCAGGGACGUUUUUUGGGUGUCACAGAUUUUAGGCGCAGAAGAACUACAGGGAAUUUUGAGAGAAAGGCUUCCAUAUUCGUUCGGGCCAAAGUAGUGGGAAGGAGUGGUGGGUUUGUUGGGGAUAGUGGUGUAUAUGAAGGGUUAGAUGGAGGUGCAAUUUAUUUUUUCCUACUCCCCUUUUCUGUGAACAAAAUGUGCGAUUCACACCGACCUGUGAAGGGCAGCAAUACGCAACAAAGCAUCUAGUCAGAUGUCGUAUGCGGAGUCAGUGAAGAUGGGUCAAGGAUCCUAAGAGGCUCCAGUUGAGUAGUAGACUUUUGUCAGUAGAGUGAUAGGCCUACAAACGAAACAUGCUUCAGUAAGGACUGUACCGCCGGAAUGGAAUGUAAAUCACAGAAAAUAGGUGUUGUGGUGGCAGCUGCAGAGAAGUGCUUGGGAUUACGAGAAAUUACUACGGAAGUGUUACAUGGUGUGUUGAAUGGUAGUGUUCUGUCCUCCCAGGCUGUUGGCAUGGUGUAUGAUCAGAUAGGAUCAACAUAGCGGAAUUGGGGGUGAGUUUUUAAUGAAUGUUGGGUAAGUUGGCAGGGUUUUUCCUUUUCCCAAUUAUACUCCAGUCCAGCUGAUGGCGGUAAUGUAACGUUAAUAUUGGAUGCCAACCGGAAUUAAACCUACUGAAGACGUAGUCUCCCGGAAAACCAAACAAAAAAAAGUAAACGGAAGUGAACAAUCAUUUCAAAGUUAGCAUUUUAUUGUUGUAUUUAGACGUUUAUUAACACCCUAGAACUCAACAUAUGACUCAUUUAACGGCACAUCAUCACAUACUUACCCCAGGUAGUGUUUAAUUCGCGUUGGAAACAGGACAUAAAUUAUAGGUUUUAUAUAAGUAACGCUAGCUAGCUGUUAACGUUAGCUAAUAAUGGCUAACUGUAUGGUUUUUCACACUCAAAUAGCCUCCAUCAUGGAGGUGCUGGCGAAUGCAGCCGUGGCAGACAUUUGUAAACUCGUAGACGACGACUAUGCAGUGUUUCGUUUAGAAAUAACUCAAAGCCAGAAAGAAAACAGGACAUUGCGGAGGAAACUUCAGCUACUGGAACUGAAGGAGGCACGGGAGCGCGCAGAGAGGACAAUGACGCGAGGACGCGUCGUCCCAGGUAGUUCGACUACGAGUAGUGUCAAUAUCCUGGACCGAUACAGAGGAAUGGCAAGAGGUGAAGGAAAUCUCACUGGAGGCCACAGGAUCUCUGUGAAGCCAGCAGGACACAAUACAUGGAGAGAUGACCAACCAAUCACUAUUGGUGAGGGGAGUGGACCCUCAACCCAGCACAUUAUCAUGAUAGAGUCUGCAGAUGCAGAGGCUGAUGGCCCUGAGGUCAAGCUUGAGAGGUCUGAAGGAGAGGUGGACCCACGGCACAGCAGAGACAUCCAGACUGGAGUGCCCCCUGUAGCCAUGGAUGACCCAACCACUGCCCCAGUGCAACCCAGGACCCGACGCAUCAGCACGGAGGUCAGUGGAACGCUGACCGCCGUACUCAAGUCAGAGACAGACACCGAGACUUUAACGGGGCUGGGGCGACUGGGCAGUCCUCCUGCUCCCCGCUCAGAGUAUUUACUUUACGGUAACCUGAGCCCGAGGACAGUUCUAUCACAUCAGGACACAGGUGACGCGUUACAGACUAGCAAUGAUCCGUCCUGUUCAUAUGCUACAGAGACCGAGAUGAUACCUAGUGAUAUAUCUGUGGACUUAGAUAAACAGACUAAUCCAAUGAGAGGGGACUGGAACCGGUACAGUAGUAGUGUAUACUCUGAACGGUGCCUAAAUAAGAAAGGGGAGGUUAUAGUCUUAGAUGACAUGAUUGUGAAAGUGGAGGACGACACUCCUCUGACAUGGAAUGCAAACGAAACUCACAUAGGACACUCGCAGGGCAACACCAGUGACUACUUAGACUACAGGGAAAGCUUAGAGAGAAAUCCAAAUGUCGCAACCCACUCCCCUUUACACGCGUUCAGGGAUCGCGAUCCAGAGUCCACGUCAAUGGGGCCUUCUGAUUCACACGGCCGCAUUCUUUUUGAUCAGGUAUUGAACUCAAAUGACAGGGCUAGAGCCCAGGCUCAGGGAGGGGGAGCAACAUCAGGCAAUACAAAAGAGAAACGGUUCCUCUGCAAGUUCUGUCACAAAGGCUUUAGCUGCCUCCAGAAGGUGGAGAGUCACCAGAGGGUCCACACAGGGGAGAAAUCGUUCAGCUGUACCCAGUGUGAGAAGAGGUUCUCCCACCAGCACCACCUGAAGAGGCACCAGAGGGUCCACACUGGGGAGAAACCCUACAGCUGCCCCCAGUGUGAGAAGAGGUUCUCCCGCCAGGACCAGCUGAAGAUGCAUCUGAAGGUCCACACUGGAGAAAGGCCAUUCGCCUGUACACACUGUGGGAAAAGGUUCUCAGAGAGGAGCUACCUCAGGACACACCAGCAAAAACACCAUUCAACUCUAACAUAGAAAGUAAACAUUCCACUCGAUUGCUUCUGACGUUUAGAUCAAACCCUGCAUUAUAGACAAAGAUUAAUUUUCAUUGUUGCCAUCAGAAAAGAUCCACAGAUGAAUUUGGAAUAACAAGAGUAACAGAUUUCAGUGUUGAAUAUUCCUGGGUGGAAUAUUGCAUCCAGACAUUGUGUGAUAUAUAAGGUGAUAUAUAAGCCUAAAAGGUCUGUUAUAUAAUUGUGUUUCUACUGUGGAGGAUAUAUAAUGUUCAUAAAUGCCUAUUUAAUUAUUUCCAUUCAACUAUUUAAUUUUUUUCCCAAAACACUUGAGAAAAUGAAUGCAGUAUCAAGUUCAUGCAGAUUUUUUGUUGUAAUGGUGUAUUUAAAACUUGUUUAUGUUGAAUAACAUAUAAUGGGACUUUUCAUUAAGACUUAUUCACCAUCCUUGGAUUUCUUCAAAUGUUGUAAUAAAGUAUGAUUAAAAUUGAUUGAAUUGUCAUUUUUAGU